AUGUCGACACUUCCUUAUUUUCACUGCCUUCAUCAGUUCUAUUUAUCUAUCUAUCUAUCUAUCUAUCUAUCUAUCUACCAUAUACUAUUAAAUAUAUCUCAAAAUAUAAUAAAAGAUCGAUCGAUCUAUCUAUCUCUCUCUUUCUAUUUAUCUAUCUACCAUAUACUACUAAAUAUAUCUCAAAAUAUAAUAAACGAUCUAUCUAUCUAUCUAUCUAUCUAUCUACCAUAUACUACUAAAUAUAUCUCAAAAUAUAAUAAACGAUCUAUCUAUCUAUCUAUCUAUCUAUCUAUCUAUCUCUAUCUAUCUAUCUAUCUAUCUAUCUAUCUAUCUAUCUACCAUAUACUAUUAAAUAUAUCUCAAAAUAUAAUAAAAGAUCGAUCGAUCUAUCUAUCUCUCUCUUUCUAUUUAUCUAUCUACCAUAUACUACUAAAUAUAUCUCAAAAUAUAAUAAACGAUCUAUCUAUCUAUCUAUCUAUCUAUCUACCAUAUACUAUUAAAUAUAUCUCAAAAUAUAAUAAAAGAUCGAUCGAUCUAUCUAUCUCUCUCUUUCUAUUUAUCUAUCUACCAUAUACUACUAAAUAUAUCUCAAAAUAUAAUAAACGAUCUAUCUAUCCAUCUAUCUAUCUAUCUACCAUAUACUACUAA